AUGUCGAACCAGAAGAUCGCCAUCGUCUCCGUCUACGACAAGACCGGACUGCUGGAUCUGGCUAAGGGUCUGGCCCAGCAGAAUGUCCGGAUUCUGGCGUCUGGAGGCACAGCUCGCAUGAUCCGCGAGUCUGGAUUCCCCGUUGAGGAUGUCAGCGCCAUCACAAAGGCCCCUGAGAUGCUCGCCGGCCGUGUCAAGACUCUGCACCCUGCCGUCCACGCCGGCAUUCUUGCUCGCAACCUCGAGUCUGACGAGAAGGACCUUGCCGACCAAAACAUCAACAAGGUGGACUAUGUCAUCUGCAACCUAUACCCCUUCAAGGACACCGUUGCCAAGAUCAACGUCAGCAUCCCCGAGGCCGUCGAGGAGAUUGACAUUGGCGGCGUGACGCUCAUCCGCGCUGCCGCCAAGAACCACAAGCGAGUCACCAUCCUGAGCGAUCCCACCGACUACGCCGGCUUCCUGAGCGAGCUCGAGAAGGGCGAGAUCAGCGACGCCAGCCGCAAUCGCUAUGCCCUCAAGGCCUUUGAGCACACGGCCGACUAUGACGCCGCCAUCGCCGAGUUCUUCCGCAAGGAGUACGCCGGCUCAGGAGACCAGUUCAUGGCCCUCCGCUACGGCGCCAACCCUCACCAGAAGCCCGCCUCUGCCUUCACUUCCAACCAGCCCCUGCCCUUCAAGGUCCUGUGCGGCUCUCCCGGAUACAUCAACCUCCUCGACUCUCUCAACGCCUGGCCCCUUGUCAAGGAGCUCAAGGAGGCGCUAGGCAAGCCCGCCGCCGCCAGCUUCAAGCACGUCUCUCCCGCCGGUGCUGCCAUUGGCCUGCCCCUGACCGACGACGAGAAGAAGGUCUACUUUGUCAACGAUAUCGAAGGCAUCGACAGCUCUCCUCUUGCCCAGGCCUACGCCCGUGCCCGUGGCGCCGACCGCAUGAGCAGCUUCGGCGACGUCAUUGCCCUCAGUGACAUUGUCGACGUCCCCACCGCCAGCAUCAUCUCCAAGGAGGUCUCCGACGGUGUCAUUGCCCCCGGCUACGAGGACGCCGCUCUGGAGAUCCUCAAGAAGAAGAAGGGCGGCAAGUACCUCGUCCUCCAGAUCGACCCCGAGUACACUCCCGGCCCCGUCGAGACCCGCACCGUCUACGGCGUCACGCUCCAGCAGCACCGCAACGACGCCGAGAUCUCCCCCAAGACCUUCAGCACCAUCAUCACCCCCAAGGACGCCGGUGCCCUCCCCGAGAACGCCGCCCGCGAUCUCACCGUCGCCACAAUCACCCUCAAGUACACUCAGAGCAACUCUGUCUGCUACGCCGUCAACGGCCAGGUCGUCGGCCUCGGCGCCGGCCAGCAGUCCCGUAUCCACUGCACCCGUCUGGCCGGCGACAAGGCCGACAACUGGUGGAUGCGCUUCCACGAGCGCGUCCUCGGCAUCAAGUGGAAGAAGGGCACCAAGCGCCCCGACAAGAGCAACGCCAUUGACCUGCUCGUCAGCGGCGAGCUACCCAAGGACGGCGCCGAGAGGGAAGCCUUUGAGGGUGUUUUCGAACAGGUGCCUCCUGCUUUCACCGACGAGGAGCGUGAGGCUUGGAUGAAGCAGCUGAAGAACGUCUGCGUCUCAAGCGAUGCCUUUUUCCCCUUCAUCGACAACGUCUUCCGAGCCGCUCGCUCAGGCGUCAACUACAUCGCCGCUCCCAGCGGUAGCCAAAACGACGGCGCCGUCUUCGAGACGGCCGAGAAGCUGGGCAUUACCUUUGUCCAGCAGAACACUCGUCUGUUCCACCACUAA